AUGCAACAAUUAUCUGUGCAACCAAGUAAUAGUAGUCAUCCUGAAAAACCAACUCAAGUUGUGUCUCCAGCUAUUAAUAGAAGUCAAUCUUCCCCAGCGUCUAAACUCACACCGGUUAAAUCAGGCACGGUAUCCCCUGCUAUUGCAACUAUUGAUCGUCUUUUAAGCUUGGGUGCCAGUGUUCCUCCACCUCCUCCUGUCAUAACCAGACCUGCAGACAUGGAUCCACAUACCAUGGAACAGCUUCGAGCUGUUAAAGAAAUGUUAACAGCUCAGGAAGAGGAAGCUCAAAGCUUAAGGGAUAUUAAUAGAGAGUUACGUGACCGACUAGAAGAGUGUGAAACAAAAAUUAAGAAAUUAACUGAACAAAACGAAGAGUAUGCAGAGAAGGAAAAGACUCUGUCACAGCGUGUAGCAGAAAAAGUGCGAAAUAAUAAACAAAUGAGUGUUGUUAUGGAGGAAUAUGAACGUACCAUAUCAUCCCUCAUAGGUGAAAGAGAAACCGAAACAAAAAGGUGGACAGAUGAAAGAGCUACGCUACUCAGAGAACGUGAUGAAGCUGCAGCUCAUUUAGCAUCCAUGGAACAUGCUUUUAAUGAUGUUCAUACUAAAUAUGAAAGAUGUAAAGUAAUUAUCCAAGGAUAUAAAAGUAACGAAGAAACCUUGAAACGAACAGUUGAAGAGAAUAAUGAUGCCAUACAGAAAUUGGAAGCUAGAUAUGAAACAUUAAGACAACAUGCUAUGCAGCAACUAAAUAAAGCCAAUGCAGAACUUGAUUCCGUAAAAAAAGCUCAUCAAGCUGAAAUUCUUAAAUUGAACGCCAUGCUUAAGAAGAGUGAGGUACAUGCUUCUUCUUUACAGGAAUCUUUAGCACAAAAAAUUAAAGAUAAUGAAGAACUUACAGCUAUUUGUGAUGAGUUAAUUAAUAAAGUGGGGUAA